GAUCAACACUUGAUACAAUUCAAUAUACACAUUGUUCAGGCAUACAACUUUUAACGCGUUACGGGCUGCCAUCGAAGCGACUCGUAUUUAUGUGCCGGCCAUUUGAAUGCUUAGAAAUGAUACACCGAAUAUUGGAAUUAUUUGCUGUGUCUUUGAUUAUAAUGGCGGAAAAUGGCGGGUCGUUGGUACUAUUGACCACUAUUGACAUAAAACAGAUUUGCAAAACAACCGUGGAAAUAACGUGCAGUUCAAACAAUGUAAACCGCGGAAUAUGGAAUAUAUACAGGAGCCAAGACGGUUCGAAGGAAUUAGUAAAUAUGGCAAAGAUUGAUGACAGUAAAUUAAAAUGCCAGGUUUCUGCACAAAAAUUGUAUAAAUCGACCAAGUGUAUUUGCUUCGAAACUAAUCGUAUCACGUGUACUAUACAUGAUGACAAGGUUGUUCACACUGGUCACCAAUGGGAGUGCAAUAUAUUCGUGAAUAGAACUACUGAUGUUAGCAAACCACGCAGUGUUGAAAUCGAUAACGUCGAGGAAUGCACAACAACGCAUGUCACUGCACACGUCUCCGAAGAAAGCAAUACCUUAUUUACAACUGGAAGUAUUGGCAUGAUAGAAGAUACAGAUAACGUUUUUAAGGAGAUGGAAGAAAAUAUAACAACACAAAGUUUUAAGAUUACGACAAUUCAAAUUGAUAACGAUGUUGACGAAAUUGAGCGUAAAGGAUCACAAAACAAACCGGACAUAACACAGCUAGCUCUAAUGAUUGCCGGACCGUUCAUUGCCUUUGACAUAGGGCUCAUUAUGUUUAUUUAUAGAAAGAAACUUUUAUCAUGCUUGGCAGGCAAACAUGAUUCCGCACUCAUCCAUACCAAUACGUCCAACUUCGGUGAUCGAAACAUUAACAUCAAUAGUGAAUGUAACAAUGACGCCUGCUCAAAUUGCAAUUUACCAUCGAAUGAACGGACAAGAAUGUGUCAACCAACAACAGGCCCGGCUGUCGAUCAAAUAAGCAUUGAUCUUAAUGGGGAUCAGCAAGCAGAUACAGACACUCGCGAACGCAUUGAGGAUGACCCUUUGUAUAGCCGUGUACAAGGAAAUGCUAAAAUGUGUGCAGAAGCAGGUGCUUGUGGCUUCACCCUUCAUGGGGAGGAAUUCACACCAGCCGAUGCAGUAUAUAUAGAUAUUGACAAUAUUGACGCCCAUUAUGCAACUGUUAAACGGGAUGGACCUCCUGGCAGCAAAACACAUACAGGAAAGCGACUGUUCGCAACGCGUACUAAUGUAACAAAGAUUGUAAAUGAAGAUCCACUCUACUCAAAAGGAUUGAACGAUAUGUGUCAAUCACCUUUAGAAAAUCCACUUUAUCCUGUUGACAACGCAGCAUUUCCAUUUAAUGGUGAUAGCAGUUAUAGCAGUGAGGAUCCCCUGUACUCAGUUGUAAACAAGCCUGAAGGCAUUUAUUCACUUGCGAAAAAUAUCGAUCCUCUGUUCUCAACGGUGAGGAAGAAAAAACAAAUAUGUGAAAUAAAGCAAUCGAGUGGCGCCUUUGAUACAGUUGCAAUCAAAGCUGACCCUCUGUAUUCAGUAGUGGACAAGACCAAAAAUAGAGAUGCAGGGAAUGAUUGGAAUACCACAGUUCCUCCCGCGCCACUCCGUCACAUAUCUACGUAUCCUCCUUACAGCAAAGUCAACAAGAAAAAUACGCAACGUGUUGAUACUGAUGGCACAACAGAGGAAAAAUCUUAAACAAUAAACCUCAUGUUAAACCGACGAAGGCAAAAACGAUCACCGGUAGAAAACUGGUACAUAUGUGUGAAUGAAUUCUAGUUGAUUGCAUUUGUGUUGUUAUUGUCUCGAGUUAUCCCACUCAACUGUUUAAUCGUAUUGUACACCAGUAUGUGUAAUGUCAUUUAUACAGCUGCAUAAACAUUUCGAGAAGUGUUGAUUUGUAAAUUAAAAGUGUGACACAUAUUGCAUUGAAAAUGUGCAUGCCCGUGUCUUGUAAAUAUAAGUAAGCAUGUAAUAUGAAGGAAGACGUCUCCGCAUAUUUCCAAACAAAUGUCUCGUUAUUCAGAUGGUUGGAUAUAAACUUUCUCAAUAUGACUUUUCACAUUUAUGAUACUGGGUAAACGAGUAACAUAUCUAAACAACAUAUGCCCUGUUUUUUUUUUUAAAUAAACGUUUGAUUUUGACAGGACCUCUAUAGCAAAAAAUCAAAUGUGUUCGAACCAUACAGAUAAAGGGCGUGCUUUAAUAAAUAUACACACAAACAAAUCAUCGUCAUGUAAGGUAUCUAUAUGUAUUAAAUUGUAUUGGUCUUGUUAUUCGACUACACACAGUUCUCUCCAUCAGCGUUUCAAUGAGGAUUUAAAUAAUUGAAAUGCAUAUCAUUAAAACAAGAGUUAUAAUAACUCAAUAAAUAGUUUUUAAUGUUUCAGCAGUGUUCAGCUAAAAAAAGUAAUGACUGAUAUGCUUAUAAGUGUCUUUGAAACCGGAAAAAGACGACUCGAUCUUUGAUGUCCAAUGUUAUGAAUAACUACACAAACAAGCAAACGCUCAACUAAUUCGCCGAUUCCCUUUAUGUUCUGGUCAGCAUCAAGUUCAAUAUAAAUCAAAAUAGUAGAUACUAAUUACAUCAAAUUCAUAACACGAGUGACUGCGGCUUUAAAUUGAAUAUUAAAGUCGAAUUUAUACUCAAGUCUUGCCUUCACAGUCUAUGUUGUAAUUAUUUCAAAAGGUUCACUAUCACAAAUGAAUGAAACCAGAAACCGAUCACCUGCUUAAUAAUGUAUAGGUAAAUAAUUAUUAUCAAAAUUGAUUUAUUAUUAUCAAAGUAAAUGAUUAAAUUUUUUAAAUUUUCUGGAUGAUAACAAGAUGUUCAAUUUAUUUUUGUGUUCAUUAAUUUCUACAACAGGCUUUUCCUAUUAAAUGACAUUUAAUAACAGCCCGUCAUACCAAAUUAAUUUCGUUAUUUAUCUAAAUUGCACUUGUGUUUUGUUCCUUGGAAGUCAGUGCAUGCAAUUAAAUCAAACUAAAAUAAACCAUGAAACGAUUACACAUUGCAAGUUACUAGUUUUUACUUCAGUGUUGACACAAGAUACCCCUCAAUAGAUUGCUUAAAUCAAUCUGUGGAUAUGAGCAUCUUACAAAAAAUGCAAUCACAAACUUUGAACUCAUCCCGCUAAACAUGAUUAUAAGCUAGCAUCUUUACAAUAAAUAAAUAAGCUGCGACUUAAUAAACAAUUCAAAUGAUCUUGGAUAUUUUCGCUUUCCAUUUCUAAGAUUGUUUGAUAUUACUGUUCUUCUUAAAAUAGCAUUGACCCACUUCUAUUGUCUUGUAACAUUACAAGAUGACGAAAGUGAGUCAUCUAGUUAUUUCACUGCACACUAUGAAUAAACAACAACACAAAAAUAAAAAUAGGUACUGAUACUAAACUAAUUUCAUUAAAUAUGUGCAUAAAUUAAAAAUAAAUUAAAAAUAAAUUAUUCAUCAAAUCUAUUGAGUUACCAUCCCUUAAUAUGUAUCUUGCUUCUAUAAGCUUCUGUACAUAACAUAUGUUAUAAAUAAUCUAUGGCUAUGGUGUAUAAAAAUGGUAUAUAAAAAUUGUGCAUAUUAAAGUUGUGUUAUGUAAAUGAUGGUAAUCAGGUGUUGAUAACAAAUGGUAAUUAUGUACAUAGUACGUAUAUUAUAUGAUACAUUUUCAUUGUGUAUAUGACAAAUGGUAAUAUUGUAUAAGUCACUGGACAAUAUGUUAUGUAUGUGUGUAUUGAUUGUGUAUUCCCAAUCACUUAUUUUUUAACAUAAUACUGGUAAAUGUUUUAGAUACUACUUGUUUAGUACAUUCUAUUGGAAUAUAUGAUACUCAGUAAAUGGUAAUGAUGUACAAGUCACUUAAUAAUAUGUUAUGCAUGUGUGUAUUGAUUGUGUAUUUUCUUGCACUUAUACUUGAACAUAAUUUAGGUGUUUACUUACUUAACAAAUAGUAAAGGUGUAUAUGAUAAAUGGAUAUAUUUUAUAAGUCACAUGUUAUGCAUGUGUGUAUUGACUGUUUUUUUAGCACUCAUAUAUGAACUUGAACAAGUUGCUGUGUGAGUUAUCUUACUUUGUACAGCAACUUUAAAAUCGUAAAUUGCCUGUGUACUCUCUAGCACUUAUUAAGUCUAACCACACUUACUGGAUGAUCAAUUUUCUAAUUGUACAUCAACAUAAUUAUUUAUUACUUGUGAAAUCUCAACACUUAUAUAUUUGAACUCCAGUUGUUAGAUGAUUUAUCUUUUGUUGUACAGCAACUAAAUUGUUUGUGUACUCCCUAGCACUCAUACAUUUUGAAACUCAGCUGCUAGAUAGCUUAUCUUGCUUGUACACCUAUUUGUUUAGACCUAGUGUGUUGUCAUAUUGACUGAAUGCAAGUCUAUAUGCUAAGUCAAUUAAUUGUAAUAGGACUGAUUUUUCUCCCUUUUAAUUAGUUAUUUCCCUUUUUGUUAUUAAAACUUUAAUAUUAUGUUGUAUAAGGGGUUUGUGUAUUUUUCGUGUUGGGUGGGUGUUUCUUAUACUUAAAUUAUUGUUGAGGGUGGGAGUGGGUUUGUUUGUACAUUGUUAUAUUUUUUUACAUUCAUAUAUUGUUUAUACUCUGUACUCUGGGAAGUCAUCUUCCAUUGAAGGAGUCAUUGCUAAGACGUAGUACACCGCCUUACAAAGGUAUUAUUGGAAUCUAGUAUUCCACUUUAUAGAUAAUUCCCAGCUUUGUAUUUAAUAGAAUAUUUAAUAAUAGAGUAAUUAAUAAAGGAUUUAAUUAUUUUA